AACAGUAAAGAUGUUUUUUAAUGUUAAAAAAUGAGCUACAAGGGAGGGGGUGGAGAAACAACCAGAUGGACCAUUGAUAAUUCAUAUCAUUCGCAAACCAAACAACCGAUUUUCCUCACUCUAUGUUGACCUGAAACUUCACCUUUUUAUUAACGACUGGCUAUCAUAUAGCGACAGGUUUUAAGACACUGGCAAAGAACAGCAGAAAGGGGUACAAAAAAUGGGCUCGAAAAACAGACUCGAAUCAGAUUCACCCACUAUACUCGGAUCAGAUUUGGUUAUAUACAUAAUAUAUCAACAAUAAUAUAGAUAAAAGAUUCAAAAAAAAUGUAUCCACAAUAAUAAUAUUUUUAAAUAUUUGAGUUUUUAUGAAUAUAUAUAUUUUUAUAUACAUAUUCAUUCAAUGAAGUUAUAAACCUACCAAACUGCAAUGGGAGUUUAACAGAAUCAACUUCGAACAGAACUCAAUGGAAUAGUCUUAACUUGUCUAACCAAUGGUAGGAUGAAGUUAUAAUGAAGGGUAAAACUGUCCGAACAAAGGGCAGCCACGGAACAAAAGUUAUUGGGUUCGUUCUGACAACGUUAACUCGGAAUCAGAAACACACUCUCGGGUUUUUUCUUUUCUUCCUUGCGCUUCCUUCUUUUCUUUAGGUUCGUCUUGUUUGUCCUCCAACGCUGAAUUUGAUAUCAAUAAAAUUGGGGUCUUUUGCUCUCGGUGAAGAUUUCCCAAAAAUUGCUUCGACCCAGAAUGCAUAGAACGGAUAUCUGACAAGCUUUUCUGUUUUUUUUUUGCUGUCUUCUCAGGCGCCCUCAGUCUUGCGGAGCAGAGCCAGAAAAGGGUACUGUGUUUCUUUCUUUAUGUAAUGUAUACAUGCAAGAUAGGCAUUAAAUUGUGUUAUUUAGUUGGAUCAGAAUGGAUCAGCAAGGGCAUAGCCAGCCCGCAUCUAUGGGAGUUGUUGGUAGUGGAGACCAAUUGCCAUAUGCCACAAACCCAUAUCAGACAAACCAAAUGACUGGAGCACUGAGUCAUGGAUCUGUUGUUACUUCAGUUGGAGCUAUUCAAUCUACAAGUCAGCCUGCUGGAGCUCAGCUCCCACAACACCAGCUUGCUUAUCAGCACAUCCACCAGCAACAACAGCAACUUCAACAACAACUCCAAUCUUUUUGGGCAAAUCAGUACCAAGAAAUUGAGAAGGUAACGGAUUUCAAGAACCAUAGCCUUCCCCUAGCAAGGAUCAAGAAGAUUAUGAAGGCCGAUGAGGAUGUAAGAAUGAUAUCAGCUGAGGCUCCAGUAAUAUUUGCCAGAGCAUGUGAAAUGUUUAUAUUGGAGUUGACCUUGCGAUCUUGGAAUCACACGGAAGAGAACAAAAGGAGGACACUUCAAAAGAAUGACAUCGCAGCAGCAAUCACAAGGACUGAUAUCUUUGAUUUCUUAGUUGACAUUGUGCCAAGGGAGGAUCUGAAAGAUGAAGUACUGGCAUCGAUCCCAAGAGGAACAAUUCCUGUUGGGGGGCAUGCUGAUGCUCUCCCUUAUUGUUAUAUGCCACCUCAUCAUGCACCACAGGUUGGGACCCCUGGGAUGAUCAUGGGGAAGCCUGUGAUGGACCCUGCUAUGUAUGCUCAACAGUCGCAUCCCUACAUGGUUCCACAGAUGUGGCCACAGGCAUCAGAACAACAGCAAUCGCCCUCAGAUCAUUAGUAGCUGUAGCGUGGAAGUUGAGAAGCGCAAGUUCUCCUUUUUAUUUUUGCUGAGUUGCGUUUGAAAAUUGAAAUAGGGAAGAGGUGUUGUAGUUGCUCAAUGUCUGUAUCCUGUUUUAGAAAUUUUCUGGUGAAAAACUAGGAUGUUGAUGAUGUAGAUAACCAAAUUUAUGGUUUUUAAUCUUAUCAUUACAUGGUAGAUAUGCCAUUUUCAUUGAUUUA